GAUGAAAUAAUAUGCGAAGAUCUGAUAAAAAAAUCACUGGAUGACUUGGAUUAUGAUCCAUCGAGUGGCGUUAAACUCAUGCGUCGUCUGGAAUGGAGUUGUUUACGCACACAGAUCAGUUAUAUACACAUCGUUAUUUCGUCUAUGUCAAUUGCUCUCAAACAGUCAACUCCAGUCGUAUUUCUUUCUUCUUCUGUUGCAAUAUGGAAACGGUUGGAAUGCAUUGAUCCAAAAACUUUAUUCGAGGGUACGGUUAGUGUAUGGAUGAAUGAGAAUCUGUCGCAUGAAUCGCUUAUCGAACGACCAGCACUUCUUUUUCGAUGUGAUGAUCGAAUUUAUGAGAUACCUCAAUUAUUUUCAUGUUUUCUGCGAAUUCUUUCAUUUUACCUGACAGCUAGUCGUUGUUACAUCACACAAAAAGUUUCAACAACACCAACGUUCUCUUCGGUGAAAGAUGAGCGAGCUGAACGUGAUGAAUUAGCUCGUUCACUACUUGGCACUCAAGAUUCAAUGGUUGUGCAAAUUUUAUUAGAAAUUUGUGAUCGCUCAAAGCAUUCUGCAAUUCAUCAUCUUUGUUGUGGUUUUAUUCACCAAAUGUUUAUAGCUGAUCCAAUUUUAUCAAAAUUGGUUCACUUCCAGACUUAUCCUAUACGGCUCAUCCCAAUGGCAGUUCGUGGCAUACCAUCGAUGCAUAUUUGUCUCGAAUUCAUUCAUGAACUGUUGACCUUAUCUAAUUUAUCUCAACGAGUUUUUGCCAUCGUUUUAGUUACGGAGCUUGCGUCUCAGUAUAAGAUCGAAUCAUCAUAUUUGCGAGUUGGUCUUAUAUUAGAUGUUCUUUUUACUUUACUGCGAUCUUUACCGUGUGACGAAAGCCUUGAAUUGUUUGAAAAUGUUGUACCAUCACUUGGUCGUAUCAUGUGUCUUUUCCCACAGUUAUCUGCUGAUAUUACUGAUAUACUUACUCGUGUAUCAAGCAUCGCUAAGUCACGAAUGGCAGUUUCAGCAACAAUAAUUAAACGACGAUGCUGUUUAGAAAGGAAGCUUAUUGAUCUUAUCAAUAAAACGCUGGCGGAUGCAAAAGUAAAAAUAAAUAUUAGUAAUUGA